UUACCUGUGUUUGGUCUACGAAUGAUGUCAACAAAAUCUGAGAAUCCGUUUCGCAUCUGGAAGCGACCUGACCUGCCGUCACAGUGCACUUAUGGAACGCCAGGAGUUACUUCCCCUCAUCUCCACAAACCAGUUAAGAGCAAGCCAAUGAUUAUGUCGAGUAUUCUCGACAACAUUGGCAACACGCCGCUAGUACGCAUCAACCGCAUCACUAAGAAGGACAACAUCGAGUGCGAAGUCUUGGCGAAAUGUGAGUUUUUCAACGCUGGGGGGAGUGUCAAGGACCGGAUCGGCCUGCGAAUGGUGGAGGACGCAGAGGAUAACGGCUACCUUCAGCCCGGGGACGUUCUCAUCGAACCCACGUCGGGUAACACAGGAAUUGGACUGGCACUAGCUGCAGCUGUUAAAGGUUACCGGUGUAUUAUUGUCAUGCCCGAGAAAAUGAGCAUGGAAAAGGUGGAUGUUCUGCGAGGUCUUGGCGCGGAAAUCGUGAGAACUCCAACAUCUGCGGCAUUCGAUUCCCCCGAGUCUCACAUCGGGGUUGCUAAGAGACUGAUGGAGGAGAUUCCCAACGCCAAGAUUUUAGAUCAGUACAGAAAUCCUAGUAACCCCGUGGCACAUUACGACGGAACAGCGGAGGAAAUUCUCACUGCCUGUGACAAUAAGGUUGACAUGGUUGUGCUGAGUGCAGGUACCGGCGGUACGCUGACAGGGGUCGCACGGAAAAUCAGAGAAAAAUGUCCAAAAUGCCUGUGGCGGAAAACACUGGACUGUCGCUUUAAAUGUUACGGUGGCAGUAGCGGCUCCGCAAUGUAUUGUGCCUUGAAGGCUGUGAAGGACUUCGGGCUGAAGUCAGGACAACGUUGUGUUGUUCUCCUACCGGAUUCAGUCAGAAACUACAUGACAAAGUUUCUAAGUGACGACUGGAUGUGUGAGAGAGGAUUUCUCGAAAACAGAGGACAAUCUGAGCAGGCCAGCCAGUGCUAUUUGUGGUGGUGGAAUCGGAAAGUGAGCACUCUCAACAUCCAGGCACCGCUGACUGUGAUGCCUGACGUCACCAUACAGGAGACGCUCGAACUACUCAACAAAGAUGGAUUUGAUCAGGUUCCUGUCGUCGACCAAUCAGGACAAAUUCUUGGCAUGGUCACGGUCGGGAAUAUGAUGGCUCAGGUGGUGAAAAACAAAGCAAAAUCCAGCGACCCAGUGUCAAAGGUCAUGUACAAACAGUUCAAGAAGAUUCGUAUGGACGCAUCGCUAGGCGAGUUAACGCGCAUGUUGGAUACCGAUCACUUUGUGUUGAUUGUUCAAAAACAGAGACAGUAUUCUGGUAAGAGUGCGAUGACAGACAAACAGAUGAUUUUUGGGAUUGCGACAAGAAUUGAUCUUCUCAACUACAUCAUGGCUAACCAAGAACUGGAGGACCAUUCGAUGUCGCCAAAGUGAAAAUACUUUCACACUUUUCUUUACGAUUUUCUCUCGGUGAAGACAUUUUGUUGAUCUUUUUACAGAUAGCGCAUGUACUCCAGCAUAGCUGUAAGCAGUCGGUAGCCUUACUAUAACAGGUUUUUCAGUCAGCAUGAGUUGUUUGUUCUGUUGUUGUUGUUUGUUUUUUAGUUUUUGAGUUUGUUUUUCAUGUUUGUUUUUUGUCUUUAUUAAAAGCCCAAUCAUGUGACUUUUUUGUGUAUGCUUGAAAUAUGAUUAUAUUUAUCUUGGUUUCAGUCAAUACUUUGCCAUAGUCUUUUUUGUUGGUUUUUUUAUUUAAUUUUAUUAUGAUAUACACGGUGAAACUCCUCUAAAACAGACACCCUCGGGACCAAGGAAAAAGUCCGGUUUUAAGAGGUAUCCAGUUUAGAGAGGUUCUCUGCUGUACAGAUAUUUAAAAAGGUGCUGCAAAAAACAUCCGGCUUUUGAGGGAAUUCCUGUUUACAGAGGGUCCGGUUUUGAGGGAAUUCCUGUUUACAGAGGGUCCGGUUUUGAGGGAAUUCCUGUUUACAGAGGGUCCGGUUUUGAGGGAAUUCCGGUUUACAGAGGGUCCAGUUUUGAGGGAAUUCCGGUUUACAGAGGGUCCGGUUUUGAGGGAAUUCCUGUUUACAGAGGGUCCGGUUUUGAGGGAAUUCCGGUUUACAGAGGGUCAAGUUUUGAGAGGUUAUAUCUAGUACAGGGAAACUCCUCUAAACCGGACACCCUCGGGACCAACUAAAAAAAUGCAGUUUUAAGAAGUAUCCAGUUUAGAGAGGUUCUUUUCUGUACAGAUAUUUUAAAAGGGACCGUGAAAAACAUCCAGUAUUGAGGGAAUUCCAGUUUACAGAGGGUCCGGUUUUGAGAGGUUUCACUGUAAUACAUGUACUCGUUUCUUUCUUUCUUUUUUCUUACAUGGCACAUUCAAUGUCAAUGUCAAUGGUCAACGUAGUAGUGGUCAAUGUACUAGUGGUCAACGUAGUAGUGGUCAACGUACUAGUGGUCAACGUAGUAGUGGUCAACGUACUAGUGGUCAAUGUAGUAGUGGUCAACGUACUAGUGGUCAAUGUAGUAGUGGUCAACGUACUAGUGGUCAACGUAGUAGUGGUCAAUGUACUAGUGGUCAACAUACUAGUGGUCAACGUAGUAGUGGUCAAUGUAGUAGUGGUCAAUGUACUAGUGGUCAACAUAGUAGUGGUCAACGUAGUAGUGGUCAGUGUACUAGUUUGUUUAAGGGUAAAUGAAACUGACACCUAUUGGUCACAAUGUGUUAUAUUCUGUUCCAAUAAAGGUUACAAAUCUCCUGUUUACUGACAUCUUUAUUUUAAUUUCAAGAGUAAACAUCACCUUGUACAUCAAUGAGAGCCCAAAAAAGUAAAUGCUAAAUUAUGUAGAGUAUGA